AUGAGCUCCAUCGUCUUUGUGAUUUCGGCUCUGGAAGCUAUACAUAAUUCAAAAGAGGCCCAAAAAAGAAAGGGAUUAGGGGAAGCGGUCGAGAAAGCUUUGAAGGAUAUUAAAGAACAUGAACCUCAAUUACCUGAUCCCGAAAUCAUUUUCGAUCCAUUACAACAAGCUACACGAUCCGGAAGUAUCCCAUUGACUACGACGGCAUUAGAUUGCAUUGGGAAACUGAUUAGCUAUUCUUACUUCUCAGUUCCUUCAUCGCCAAACGCAGAUAGAGAAGCAGAUCGUGCGCCAUUAAUCGAACGAGCGAUAGAUACAAUAUGCGAUUGUUUUCAGGGAGAAACUACCCCAGUCGAAAUCCAACUGCAGAUUGUGAAAUCGUUAUUGGCAGCAGUUUUAAAUGAUAAAAUUGUGGUUCACGGUGCGGGAUUGUUAAAGGCAGUGCGACAAGUUUACAAUGUCUUCCUACUUUCGAAAAGUAGUCCGAAUCAACAGGUUGCGCAAGGGACAUUGACACAAAUGGUUGGCACGGUUUUUGAGAGAGUAAAGACAAGGAUACAUAUGAAGGAGGCCAGAUUGAACCUUUCGAAAUUGGAUAAAAAUAUCGAAAAUACUAGCUCAUUCACGGUCGAUGCACCAGAGUCAAUAAAUGGAGUACCCAGAACCAGCGAGGGAGAGGAAGCAGUGGAUGAAACUGCGACUGCAGAAGAACCAUCCAAUGGAGAUGCGCCAAAACUCACACUCAAAGAUCUGGAGCACCGAAAAAGUUUCGACGAUUCACAAAUGGGAGAAGGGCCAACUAUGGUUACACAAGUCAAGCCUGCGAAAGCUUCACCUCGUUCGGCAUCAGAACAAACCGCUCCGGACAGUGGUACUGAUGAUAGUAUAGAAUCCGAGGAUAUGGAAGAUGAGGUUUAUAUAAGGGAUGCAUAUUUGGUUUUCAGGUCCUUUUGCAAUCUCAGCACCAAAAUCCUUCCACCGGAUCAAUUAUUCGAUGUAAAAGGCCAAGCCAUGCGCUCAAAGUUAAUUUCUCUUCACCUCAUUCACAUGUUACUCAAUAAUAAUAUGCUCGUCUUCACUUCUCCAUUAUGUACGAUUACCAACAGCAAGAGCAAUGAGCCUACCGGCUUUUUACAAGCCAUUAAAUUUUACCUAUGUCUUAGCAUUACUCGAAAUGGCGCCAGCUCUGCUGAUAAAGUCUUCGAAAUUUGUUGUGAAAUUUUUUGGUUGAUGCUAAAAUUUAUGAGAGCUCCUUUCAAGAAAGAGAUUGAAGUCUUCUUAAAUGAGAUUUAUCUAGCUCUUCUAGAAAGACGAAACGCGCAUGUUACUCAAAAACUUCACUUCAUGGGCAUCCUUCAUCGCUUUUGCGCUGAUCCUCGUGCGCUCGUUGAGACAUAUUUGAAUUACGAUUGCGAUCGAAAUGUGGAUAAUAUGUUCCAGACCUUGAUUGAAGACUUAUCAAAAGCGGCGAGUGCUGCUGUUAUGGUAAGCCCUCUUGCCCAACAGCAAUAUGAAGAGAAGAACAGUAAAAGCUCAGGUGGUGAUUGGCAAUCUCGAGGGACGCUCCCCCCGCCCCUGUCUACAGCACAUUUGAGUAGCCAUACCGAAAAUGGAGAGACCGAAAUUCCAAAAGAGUACAUUGUGAAGCGACAAGCUAUGGAUUGUCUCGUGGAGACACUUAGAUCGCUGGUGAAUUGGUCACAGCAAGGAAUUGCUGAUGUUACCAGUAGCCCAGAAAGUGAUAUCAGAGGCUCCGCCGAUGUUAGGGAAUCCUUGGAACCUGGAAAUGAUAGCUCAACAAGAAUCACUGGUGAAAAUACACCAAUGCCUUCAACGCCUGUCUUGGAUGAUGACCCGGAACAAUUGGAAAGGGAGAAGCAAAGAAAGACCGCAAUGACAAAUGCCAUCAAGCAAUUUAACUUCAAACCCAAGAAAGGCAUCAAGCUUUUACUCGCCGAUAAAUUCAUAGCGGAAGAUACACCAGAAUGUAUUGCACAAUUUUUACUGCGAGAGGAUAGAUUGGAUAAGGCGCAAAUCGGAGAGUUUUUGGGUGAAGGAGAUGAACGAAACAUUGCGAUCAUGCACGCAUUUGUAGAUGCAAUGGACUUCACCAAACGUCGAUUCGUGGAUGCUCUACGUCAAUUUCUACAAUCCUUUCGUCUUCCUGGUGAAGCUCAAAAGAUUGAUCGUUUCAUGUUGAAAUUCGCAAAUCGAUAUGUCAUUGGCAAUCCAAAUGCAUUUGCUAAUGCAGAUACUGCUUACGUUUUAUCUUACUCUGUCAUCAUGUUGAAUACAGAUCAACACAGCAGUAAAGUUGCAAAGAGAAUGACCAAGGAAGAUUUCAUCAAGAAUAAUCGUGGCAUUAACGAUAAUGCAAGUUUACCUGAUGAGUACCUUAUCGGCAUCUACGAAGAAAUUCAAAAGGAAGAAAUUGUGCUCAAUAGUGAACGCGAAGCCGCUGCAGCCACUGGCAAUGCUCCUCCACAAUCUACUGGUGGUAUUGCGGCAGGUCUUGGACAAGCUUUGGCUACAGUUGGACGCGACUUACAGCGUGAAGCAUAUUUACAACAAUCUGAAGAGAUCUCUCAUCGAUCCGAACAAUUAUUCAAGAAUCUUUUCCGAAAUCAACGAAAGAAUGCAUCGAAAUCAGGGGAUAAAUUUAUUCCUGCUACUUCAUUCAAGCAUGUCGGCCCAAUGUUUGAGGUAACUUGGAUGUCAUUCUUCUCCGGUCUUUCCGGUCAAAUGCAAAACUCUCACAAUAUUGAGAUCAUCAAAUUAUGCAUCGAAGGAAUGAAAUUAGCAAUUCGUAUUGCGUGUCUUUUUGAUUUAGAAACUCCACGGGAAGCUUUCGUUUCCGCUCUCAAGAACUCCACUAAUCUCAACAAUCCCAAGGAUAUGAUGGCAAAGAAUGUGGAAGCAUUGAAAGUUAUUCUUGAAAUAGCACAAACAGAAGGAAAUCUCUUGAAAGGAUCAUGGCGAGAUAUUCUCAUGUGCAUCAGUCAAUUGGAUCGCUUACAAUUAAUAUCUGACGGAGUUGAUGAAGGGGCUAUUCCAGACGUUUCAAAAGCUCGAAUCGUAGCUCCAUCACGAUCAGAUACCACUUCGUCAAGAAAAUCUACCGCUUCUCAACGACCUAGAACUCGUCCAAGGACAAACACGCAAAGUACCAUUUAUUCAACAGAAAUCGCAAUGGAAAGUAGAUCCGAUGAAGUUAUCAAGGGAGUGGAUAGAAUAUUCACAAAUACGGCCAAUCUUUCUGGUGAAGCCAUUGUCCACUUUGUCACGGCUUUGUGUGAUGUCAGUUGGGAUGAGAUUAAGAUAUCAGGUUCCAAUGAAUCUCCAAGGACAUACAGUCUUCAAAAGCUUGUGGAGAUCAGUUACUACAAUAUGCUUCGUGUGAGAUUUGAAUGGGCCAAUAUUUGGGCUGUUCUAGGUGAGCACUUUAAUCGAGUUGGGUGUCACAAUAAUACCGCUGUGGUAUUCUUUGCUUUGGAUUCUUUGCGUCAACUUUCCAUGCGAUUUAUGGAGAUUGAAGAAUUACCUGGAUUCAAAUUCCAAAAAGACUUCUUGAAACCUUUCGAGCAUGUAAUGUCAAACUCAAAUGUUGUAUCUGUAAAGGAUAUGGCUUUGCGUUGUCUAAUACAAAUGAUCCAAGCUCGUGGAGAGAAUAUUCGCUCUGGGUGGAGAACAAUGUUUGGAGUAUUUACCGUCGCAGCUCGAGAACCAUAUGAGAGUAUCGUCAAUCUUGCCUUUGAAAAUGUCAAUCAAGUUUACAAAACUCGAUUUGGUGUUGUCAUCUCCCAAGGCGCAUUCGCAGACUUGAUUGUUUGCUUAACUGAGUUUUCGAAGAAUAUGAAAUUCCAAAAGAAGGGGUUACAAGCCAUAGAAGCAUUAAAAUCAAUCAUCCCCAAGAUGUUAAAAACACCGGAAUGUCCACUGUCUCACAAAUCGAACGCGAAUUCGGAUGGUUCGAUUAAAACUCCAGAUACCGCCACAAAUCCUAUAAGUCGUACAACUCAGGAAGAAGCAUUUUGGUUUCCUGUUUUAUUCGCUUUUCAUGAUGUUCUCAUGACGGGGGAAGAUUUGGAAGUUCGUUCGAAUGCUUUAAAUUACCUUUUUGAUUCACUGAUCAAAUAUGGAGGUGAUUUCCCUUCUGAUUUCUGGGACAUCUUAUGGAGACAAUUACUCUAUCCUAUCUUUAUGGUUCUCAAAUCCAAAUCCGAGAUGUCCAAUGUUGUCAAUCAUGAGGAAUUAUCUGUGUGGCUAUCCACUACAAUGAUUCAAGCUCUUCGAAACAUGAUCACGUUAUUCACUCAUUAUUUCGAAUCGCUUGAAUAUAUGUUGGAUAGAUUCCUCGAUUUACUUGCUUUGUGCAUAUGUCAAGAGAAUGAUACAAUUGCUCGAAUUGGUAGUAAUUGUUUACAGCAAUUAAUUUUGCAAAAUGUCACAAAAUUCAAGCCUCAACAUUGGUCCAAAAUAGUUGGAGCAUUUGUAGAGUUAUUCGAUAGAACAACUGCAUUCCAAUUAUUCACUGCUGCAACAUCAUCUGCCGCAGGAGGUUCUAUGGAGAGCUCCACAGCACCAGUUGAAGAUAUUGAUGAUGGUCAAUCUCUAAAGAUCAAUGGUACAAAUGGUGGUGCAACCUCGGAUGCAGAAAGUAUUGCUGAACCAGAAGGUCAGACACCUGUUGUAACUCAAACUCCAGAGUUAGAGGACUACAAACCACAAUCAGGUCUACAACAACAACCUGUGGUUGUCACGGCAGCUCGUCGACGCUUUUUCAAUAAAAUUAUUACCAAAUGUGUUUUACAACUUUUGAUGAUCGAAACUGUCAAUGAGCUUUUUUCCAACGAUACCGUUUAUGCUCAAAUUCCUAGUCCGGAACUUCUUAGGUUAAUGGCUCUCCUCAAGAAAUCUUUCUUAUUCGCCAAAAGAUUUAAUGAGAACAAAGAAUUACGCAUGCGUUUAUGGCGUGAAGGAUUCAUGAAACAACCACCUAACUUGUUGAAGCAAGAAUCCGGUAGUGCAGCUACAUAUGUUUCUAUUCUUCUUAGAAUGUACCAUGACGAAGGUGAAGAGCGAAAAAGAAAUCGAGCAGAUACAGAACAAGCUUUAGUACCUCUUUGUGCCGAUAUCAUCCGUGGUUUUACUCAACUUGAAGAAGAAAGUCAACAAAGAAAUAUCAUUGCUUGGAGACCAGUUGUCGUAGAUGUGUUGGAAGGUUACAUGAAUUUCCCACGAGAAGGAUUCGAGAAGUAUGUUGAAGUAUUCUAUCCAUUAGCAGUGGAUUUACUUUCUAGGGAUAUGGGAGUGGAAAUUAGAUUGGCGUUACAAGGACUUUUAAGACGGGUAGGGGAAGUCAAAUUGGGUCUUCCACCUACAGUAAGAUCUAAUACACCUACUAGUCCUACUUCAUUAUCAUUUGGUGGGAGACGAAUGAGUCGUAGGGAUUGA